AUGGGGCGCUGGAGCCGUCGCCACGGGAACCCCUCGGUGGCACGGCUUGAUCACAAGACCUCCACCAAACUGGGGACCAUCAGCAUCCAGUCCUCCUCCAGCCUCACGGCUCCAGCCGGCUCCUCAUCCUCCACCCCCUCCUCCAACCUCCCGGUGCUCCUGUCAGGCUCCUCCACCACCUCCUCCAACCUCCCCAUGCCCCUAUCUGGGUCUAAAGACCCCUCAGGGGGGAAGGAGGACAAGCAGACCGACCGUAGAGACAUCUCGCUGGGGCCUGCGCCUGGCCUGAGGGCACGGAGCCACUCCACCCCGCUGCCUCCCUCCUCCAAGUCCACCUCCCCAUACUCCCACCACCACCACCACCCCCAACACCGGCCCUCCCACUACCACCACUACCGCAAACCAGAACGAGGGGACUCCCCUGCCCCUGGCAAGACCGGCUCCCAGACCUCCAGCCAGUCCUGUGCCCAGACACAGACCCAGGGCUCAGGCAAGGAAGGCAAGUCUGUCAGCUUCCUCUUGAAGUCGGACAAGGAGGAGAGGGAGAGGGAUAGAGACCGAGACAGAGGAGAGAGAAACAGAGACAGAGACAGAGAUAGGGAGAAAGACAGAGAUAGAGAGAGAGACAGAGAGAGAGACAGAGAGAGAGACAGAGAGAGAGAUAGAGAUCGAGAUCGAGAUAGAGAUCGAGAUAGAGAAGGAGGGAGUCACUCUUCUCAAAAAGAGAACAUCCCCACAACCAGCUGUCACUCCUUACAGACCAGCUCCGCCCCAACCCUCACCUCUUCCUCCCAUCGCCCUCACUCUCGCCCCCACCUCCAUCGCUCCCACGCCCCCCACGCCCUCCCCGCCUACAAGCCCCCCUCCUCGGACAGCCCCCUACUGUGGACCUACCCCUCUGGGGGCUUCCGGCGGCCCCCGGCCUACGACAGUCUGCGAGGGGGGCCCCAGCUGCCUUCGCUACACCCCUCAGGGCUCUCCGGCGGGAGCGACAUGGCCUCCAAGAGUAGCACGGUUCCAGGUCCCCUCCAGGGCAAGGCUGGCUUCGUGCCCUGGGACAGCGCUGGGGGCCUGGGCUUCUCAGACGAGGGCUCCCACUGGCCCAUGCAGAGGAAGCUGUCGUUCAGCCAUGGAACCAGAGAGGCAGAGAAGAACGAGAGCCGUGCGUGGAACGGCAGCGCAGACGCCUUGCUGCGCCUCGGCCAGGAGGAGGCGGGACAACACAGAGGAGGAGGCGGACACUCUGGGAUCCCUGUGCGUUUCAGCGGCGGCAGUGCCAGAGGCCACGCCCAGGGCCUGGCGGGGUUAGAGGGCAACGUAGGCUUCAGGGACCUGCCCAGAGGAUGGCUGCCUCUGCCCUGCCAGACCUUCCCCGCUUGCCGGAACGGAGAGCUGGGCAGACUGGGCCGCUCGUCCUCCACGUCGGGGGUGAGACUAGCUGGAGGAGACGUGACCCGGCAGAGCAGCCUUCCUGGCCGAGAGGCUCAGAGUCAGCCCCCGGCCCCCUGCAGCCCCGCCCCGACCAGACAACAGCAGCUCCACCUGCAGUUCCAGCACUUGGCCCAGCUGGCGCAGGGACACCCUCCCGCCACUGGGGGCGCCAUCCCGUCGGCCGCCCAGACGCAGCGGGACGGGAAACUCCUGGAGGUGAUCGAGCGCAAGCGCUGCCUGUGCAAGGAGAUCAAGGCCCACCGGCGCCCGGACAAGAGCCUGUGCAAGCAGGACAGCAUGCCCAUCCUGCCCAGCUGGAGACGAACACCAGAGCCUCGCAAGACUGGCACCCCGCCCUGCCAGAGGCCGCAAGCCGUGGUGUGGGACACUGCCAUCUAG